CACAGACACUGCCGGCAGGGCGUCCAUACCACCCACUCACCACUCCAUCAUGUUGUCGUCGACAAUGCGGCGCUUCGCUGCUCCACGCACCCUCGCCCGCCAGCUGCAGCAACAGCGAAGCUUCUCCCGCACAACUUCCGCACAAAAGAUCAUCACCCCCAAUGGACCAUUAAGAGCGAAGGAGGCGUCACCCUUCAUCGCCAACAAAUACCCUGUCAUCGACCAUGAGUACGAUGCCAUCGUCGUCGGCGCCGGUGGAUCCGGGCUGCGAGCGGCAUUCGGUUUGGCGGAGGCGGGUUUCAACACGGCAUGCAUAUCCAAGCUUUUUCCUACACGAUCACACACUGUCGCCGCUCAGGGUGGCAUCAAUGCCGCUCUCGGUAACAUGCACCCGGACGACUGGCGGUGGCACAUGUACGAUACGGUCAAGGGAAGCGAUUGGCUUGGAGACCAGGAUGCCAUCCAUUACAUGACGAGAGAGGCGCCGCAGUCUGUCAUUGAGCUCGAGAACUACGGCUGCCCCUUCUCACGAACAGAGGACGGACGCAUCUACCAACGUGCUUUCGGUGGUCAAUCACAGGACUUUGGCCAUGGCGGCCAGGCAUACCGAUGCUGCGCCGCCGCAGACCGAACCGGCCACGCUCUUCUCCACACUCUCUACGGUCAAAGCUUACGGCACAAUACCAACUACUUCAUCGAAUUCUUCGCCAUUGACCUGAUCAUGGAGGACGGUGAGUGCAAGGGUGUCGUAGCUUACAACCAGGAAGACGGCACGCUCCACCGUUUCCGUGCUCACAACACUGUCCUCGCCACCGGCGGUUACGGCCGUGCCUACUUCUCCUGCACUUCCGCACACACUUGCACCGGUGACGGUAUGGCCAUGGUCGCUCGUGCCGGUCUACCGAACCAGGACAUGGAGUUUGUUCAGUUCCACCCUACCGGUAUCUACGGCGCCGGCUGCCUCAUUACCGAAGGCUCGCGUGGUGAGGGUGGUUACCUUCUCAACAGCGAAGGCGAACGGUUCAUGGAGCGCUACGCUCCCACAGCCAAGGAUCUCGCCUCCCGUGACGUCGUCUCUCGUUCUAUGACUAUGGAGAUCCGCGAAGGCCGUGGUGUCGGCCCCGACAAGGACCACAUCUACCUGCAACUCUCCCACCUGCCUCCCGAGAUCCUGCACGAGCGUCUCCCAGGUAUCUCCGAGACGGCCUCCAUCUUCGCCGGUGUCGACGUCCGCAAGCAGCCCAUUCCCGUCCUGCCCACUGUCCACUACAACAUGGGCGGUAUCCCAACCAAGUACACUGGCGAAGUCAUCACCGUAGACAAGGAGGGCAAGGACACCGUCGUGCCCGGCCUCUUCGCCUGCGGUGAAGCCGCCUGUGUCUCCGUGCACGGCGCCAACCGUCUCGGCGCCAACUCCCUUCUCGAUCUUGUCGUCUUCGGUCGUGCCGUUUCACACACCAUCCGCGACCGCUUCUCACCAGGCCAAGCACACCCAGAGAUCUCGGCAGAUGCUGGCGCAGAAUCCAUCGCCGCCGUCGACCACGUGCGCACGGCGGACGGCCCGAAGAGCACCCACGAUAUCCGCUCCGCCAUGCAGAAGGUGAUGCAGACGGAUGUGUCGGUCUUCCGGACGCAGGAGUCGCUGGACGAGGGUGUCAAGCGGAUCAACGACGUCGAUGCGUCGUGGAAGCAAGUCGGCACCAAGGACCGCAGCAUGAUCUGGAACAGUGAUCUUGUGGAGACGCUUGAGCUGCGGAACCUGUUGACUUGUGCCGUGCAGACGGCUGAGGCGGCGGCGAAUAGGAAGGAGUCGAGAGGCGCACACGCCCGCGAAGAUUACCCAGACCGCGACGACAAGAACUGGAUGAAGCACACGCUUACCUGGCAGAAGGAGGCGCAGGCCAAGACGGAGAUUGGCUACCGCGCGGUGGAGAUGAAUACGCUGGAUGAGAAUGAGUGUAAGGCUGUUCCGCCGUUUGCGCGGAAGUACUAAUCUGGUGAAUGCUCCUGUUCAGGAGGCGGAGGAGAAGGAGAGAGCACUGGCGAGG